AUGUCAUUCUCUGCAAGCGAGAUUCAAGACUUUAGAAAGCAGUUCAAUCAAUUCGAUGAGAAUGGUGAUGGAAAGAUCGACUCGAUAGAGUUGACAAAGAUCCUCAAUGCGUUGGGCGAGAAGCUCAGCGGAAUCCAGGUCAGAGACAUGAUCAAGGAGGUCGACACGGACAACAGCGGCACCAUCGAGUUUGACGAGUUUGUCAAGGUGAUGGAGAUCGCCAAGAAGUCGUCGUCCAGCACCGGCUUUGCCAACGUCGUCAAGAAGGUCGGCCAGGUCAACGUGCUCAGCGGAUACUCGGGCUCGACCGCCUCGGGCACCUCCCACUCCUACUCGGACGAGGAGAAGUUCGCCUUCAUCGACUGGAUCAACACCUCGUUGGCCAAGGACGCCGACCUCAAGGCCCGUCUGCCAAUCUCCACCGAUGGCGACGCCUUCUUCAAGGCCUGCCACGACGGUCUCGUCCUGUGCAAGCUCAUCAACGACUCUGUCCCAGACACCAUCGAUGAGCGUGUCCUCAACAAGAAGAACCUCAACACCUUCCGUAUCAACGAGAACAAUGUCCUCUGUGUCAAUUCUGCUCGUGCCAUCGGUUGUUCCGUUGUCAACAUUGGUGCCCUUGAUCUUAUGGAGGGUCGUGCUCAUUUGAUCAUGGGUCUCGUAUGGCAAAUCAUCAAGAUUGGUCUGUUUGCCAAGAUCAACUUGACCAACCACCCAGAGCUCUACCGUUUGUUGGAGCCAGGUGAGACCAUUGAUGACUUGCUCAAGUUGUCUGUGGAGGAGAUCUUGCUCCGUUGGUUCAACUACCACCUCAGAGAGGCUGGACACCCACGCCGUGUCAAGAACUUCACCGGUGACAUCAAGGACAGCGAGUGCUACACCAUCCUUCUCAAGCAGAUCGCCCCCAAGAACGCCGGUGUCGACACCAACGCCCUCAACGAGUCCAACUUGGAGCGCAAGGCCGAGCUGGUCCUCGUCAACGCCGACAAGAUUGGCUGCCGCAAGUUCCUGCGUCCACGCGACAUUGUCAACGGCAACCAAAAGCUCAACCUGGCUUUUGUCGCCAACCUCUUCAACACUCACCCAGCCCUCGAGCCCGUCGCCGAGGUCGUUGUCAUUGAGGAGACCCGUGAGGAGAAGACCUUCCGUAACUGGAUGAACUCACUCGGUGUCGACCCAUUCGUCAACAACCUCUACGAGGGAGUCCACGACGGUCUCGUUUUGAUCCAGCUGUUUGAGAAGGUCAGACCAGGCGUCGUCGACCAGAAGAGAGUCAACUACCCACCAUACAAGGCCAUCGGUGCCGAGAUGAAGAAGCUCGAGAACUGCAACUACGCCAUCGAGCUCGGCAAGAAGUUUGGAUUCUCGCAGGUUGGUAUCGACGGCAAGAACAUCUACGACAGGAACAAGACCCCAAUCCUGUCCACAGUCUGGCAGCUGAUGAGAGCACACGUGCUCUCCAUCCUCAACGCCCUCUCCAAGGACGGCAAGCCAAUUGGCGACCCCGAGAUCAUUGAGUGGGCCAACCAGAAGCUCAGAUCAGGUGGCAAGUCCUCCUUCUCUGGCUUCAAGGAUGCCAAGCUCGCCACUGGCCGCACCAUCCUCGAUCUGAUCGAGCUCGUCCGUCCAGGCUCCAUCGACGAGUCCAUGGUCACCUCCUCAGGUUCCGCUGAGGACAACCUCCUGAAUGCCAAGUUGGCCGUGUCCAGUGCCAGAAAGAUUGGUGCCGUCGUCUUUGCUCUCCCAGAGGACAUUGUUGAGGUCAAGCCAAAGAUGUUGAUGACCAUCUUUGCCGGUUUGAUGGCCGUUGAUCAACAAUAA